AUGGCCGUACGAACGGCGAUCGGUAUCGAUCUGGGCACCACAUAUUCUUGUGUGGGCGUCUGGCAACACGGAAAAGUGGAGAUCAUCGCCAACGAUCAAGGUAACAGGACCACACCGAGUUAUGUGGCGUUUACCGACACCGAACGGUUGAUCGGUGACGCGGCCAAGAACCAGGUGGCGAUGAAUCCCGUCAAUACGGUGUUCGACGCGAAACGUUUGAUCGGCCGUCGUUUUGACGACGAUAAGACACAGGCGGACAUCAAGCACUGGCCGUUCACGGUGAUCAGCGACAGUGGGAAGCCCAAGAUCCAAGUGGAAUUCAAAGGUGAACGGAAAGUUUUCGCGCCGGAAGAAAUCAGUUCGAUGGUGUUGACCAAAAUGAAGGAGACCGCGGAAGCGUACUUGGGCCGUAACGUCACGGACGCCGUCAUCACGGUGCCGGCGUACUUCAACGACUCGCAGAGACAGGCGACAAAGGACGCGGGUGCCAUAGCCGGUCUGAACGUAAUGCGAAUAAUCAACGAACCGACGGCCGCGGCCCUGGCUUACGGUCUGGACAAGAACUUGAAGGGAGAGAGGAACGUGUUGAUAUUUGACCUGGGCGGCGGCACGUUCGACGUGUCGAUACUGCAGAUCGACGAGGGUUCUAUAUUCGAAGUGAAAUCCACGGCGGGCGACACACACUUGGGCGGUGAGGACUUCGACAACAGACUGGUGUCUCAUUUGGCCGACGAGUUCAAGAGGAAGACUAAAAAGGACGUGCGCGCCAAUCCUAGGGCGCUGAGGCGGCUGAGGACUGCCGCCGAACGGGCUAAGAGGACAUUGUCAUCCAGCUCGGAAGCCACCCUAGAGAUCGACGCACUGGUCGACGGCAUCGAUUUUUACACUCGUGUGUCUCGGGCCCGUUUCGAGGAGCUGUGCGCCGAUUUGUUCCGGUCGACUCUACAACCGGUGGAGAAGGCAUUGGCGGAUGCCAAGUUGGACAAAGGAGACAUACAAGACGUGGUACUCGUGGGCGGUUCGACGAGGAUCCCGAAGAUCCAGAGUCUCCUGCAAAACUUCUUCUGCGGCAAGCCACUCAACCUGUCCAUCAACCCCGACGAGGCGGUAGCGUACGGCGCGGCGGUGCAGGCGGCCAUCCUCAGCGGUGACACGAGUUCUGCAAUCCAAGAUGUGUUGCUCGUGGAUGUCACCCCCCUGUCGCUCGGCAUAGAGACCGCGGGCGGCGUUAUGACCAAAAUCGUUGAACGCAACUCUACCAUUCCGUGCAAACAAACGCAGACGUUCACCACGUACGCAGACAACCAGCCGGCCGUCACUGUACAGGUGUUCGAAGGUGAAAGGGCCUUGACAAAGGACAACAACCUGCUGGGUACGUUCGACCUGACUGGCAUACCCCCAGCUCCCAGAGGAGUGCCCAAGAUCGAAGUGACUUUCGAUAUGGACGCCAAUGGCAUUUUGAACGUUUCGGCCAAGGACAAUAGCUCUGGGCGCUCCAAGAACAUCGUCAUCAAAAACGACAAGGGCCGUCUGUCUCAAGCCGAAAUCGAUCGUAUGCUCAGCGAGGCCGAACGGUAUAAAGAAGAGGACGAACGACAAAAAGUGAAGAUAGCGGCCAAAAACCAGCUGGAGAGCUACGUGUUUGGUGUUAAACAGGCGUUGGACGAGGCUGGCGACAAGUUGACCGAAUCUGAGAAGAACGCCGGCAAAAAGGAAUGCGAAGCGGUCAUCCAGUGGUUGGAUAGCAAUCAGUUGGCGGAAAAGGAAGAGUAUGAGUUCAAGCUAAAGGAAAUCCAAAACAGCUGUUCGGCUCUGAUGUUGAAGAUCCACGGCGCAGGACAACCCGGAUCAACUAACGCGCCACCCGGUGCCAAUGGUUUCCCUGGAGCCCGUCCCCGAGGACCUACCGUUGAAGAAGUCGAUUAA